AGCAGCUCUCAGCAGUCUCACUCUCGAUCUCUCUCAGAGUUUCAGCUUCAUCAGACCACAGGCCAGGCUUCUGCACUUGAAUUGAGACCAGCACGCGAGUCCAAAGACGAAAACAUGGCCAAGGUUGCGGUAGGCCAUCGCGCUGAGGCUACGGCCCCAGACGCCAUCAAGGCAGGAUUCGCCGAGUUCAUCGCCACCUUCCUCUUCGUGUUCAUCGGUGUUGGAUCAGUGUCCGCUUACAACAAAAUCUUCCCCUUGGGUGAGAUGACAGCAGCAGGUCUAGUGGGAAUCGCUCUUGCCCACGGUCUGGCUAUCGUGAUCACCGUGGCUGCCACUGCCAACAUUUCUGGGGGACAUGUCAACCCCGCAGUCACCUUCGGCCUCAUGGUCGGAGGCCACAUCACCAUUGUUAGAGGUUUCAUCUACUGGGUCGGUCAGCUCGCUGGGGCCGUGCUCGCUGCCGCUUUGUUGAAGUGGGUCAUUGUUUCCGUGGAGCCUGUACCAGCGCACACCUUGGGAGCUGGAGUGUCAGUGUGGAGCGGACUGGUGCUGGAGAUUGUGCUGACAUUUUCCCUGGUGUUCGUCGUGUACGCGACGGCCGUGGACCCCAAGAAGGGCUCGAUCGGGGUGGUCGCACCUCUGGCCAUCGGAUUCACAGUGCUCGCUAACCACUUCGUCGGGGUUCCCUUCACCGGAGCAUCGAUGAACCCUGCACGAUCCUUCGGUCCCGCUCUCGUCAGCUGGUCGUGGGCCUCUCACUGGAUCUACUGGGUCGGUCCUCUCAUCGGAGCUGCCAUUGCUGGAAUUGUCUACGACGGAGUGUUCAUCUCUGAGGCCAGUGGCCACACCCAGGUUCCCGUCGAGGAGUACUAAGCGUUUCGGGUUCCCAGCUGUAAUCAAUACGUGUGCAGGGCAAGGCCAUGGAGGCCGAGCUAAGGAGAUUGAUUGCCAAAGGCUAGUUGCUGCUUCAAGCUUGUAAGAAAUGCACCGCGGGUGUGAUAUGGUGGAUCUAAGAGCCCUGAAAUGUCUAUUUUUCGAGCUCUCCGGCUCUCGCAGCGACCUCUGCACCCCAGGGCUUCGAGUGGAUUCUUGAAACGGCGUAGGAAUUGUACACAGGUCUAGCCUCGGCUAUAAUCGGCGGAUUUCUCUUUUAUAUACUCUAUGAUAUGACGCGAGUUUAGAACGUCGGAUCUGCAGCUCGAGCGUGGUUCUUCACCUACUGUAGGAUUACCCUGUUUAAAAUCGGCUGCUUUUUCCAUGAGCUAGCUCUGGUAUUACUGUAUUCUAAGUUUGAUUGUGAUCAGAGUAUUGCAGUACUCAAGUGCACAUAAUACUGUAUCAUCAGAUAUGUAAACAAGUCCACGCGACUCCUGUUUCAUGAAUUUCUACUGCCA